AUGUCAAGAGUUCAACUUCGUACUUUCACAGUUUCGAUUCUCACUUUCGCCAUGGCAGACGACUACUAUGUUCAGGCCUAUGAGGACUUUCGCUCGAUGGGCCUGGAGGGUGCAGCAACUCAGAUGCUACUUCAGGGCUUAAGAGCCAGCAAUAGCUCGAAGCUUCGAGAGUUGGCGCAGAGAGAUGGGAUCCAGCUGCCUGAGGUGGGCCAAGAGGGCUACUACCAGAGCUCUAAUGAGGUCCUAUUCCAGGUGCCCGUGGCCAAAGCCGAAGCCCAGGACGGCGAUGAAGCGCUGAAGGCCUUUCUGGAUGCGCAGGAAAGGCAUCAAGACUUUGUCGAAGCCAGCCUGGAGGCAUGGCAGCUGCAGAGAGGCAAAAGCUGGCAAGAGCUGAAGCAACAGGAGGAGCAGCUGCGGCAUGCAGCACGGGAGGCCUUUGACCGCUGCAAAGAGCUCUUGAUGCGCCGGGCGGUCACCAUGCGGCCAGAGCUCUUGAGAGCGCCGAUCACGCCAGAUGCUCUACCUGAAACGCAGAUGGCGCUGAGUCAAGGUGGAGACCCUGAGGGGGCGCUGCGGAAACUGCUGGGUGAUGCGGCAGGUGCAUUUCAAGAUCCUGAUCUUUGGAGCAAGGAGGGCCCUGGCAGGCUAUUGGAGCAGAGCCAACGCAUGGCUGAGUUGGACGCGCUUCCGGCGCGCGCCAAGGAGUUGGCUCAAAAAGGACCAGGUAGCCUAUCUUCCCUCUUGAGCGCCAUUGCGGUGGAAACUUCCGCUGCAGCAAAAGGCUGCAAGGAUGUUCUGGUCCUUGGCGGACAAGGUGUGUCAGCUGUGGCAGCUGUGCGCGCCAUGGAAGCACCUGGAAAAGUAGUGAUUUGGGAACCUUUGGAAGAUGUCGCCCAUGCUGCUUGCGAGGUGCUCAAGAGAAAUCUGGGGCCCGACGAGUUGGCGCGUUGCCGGGUGGUGUCGUCCUGCGAUCCUCCGCCGCAUCUGGGUGGUCUGGUGGUGCUGGAUCGAUGGCAUGGCCUAGGCGUGCUAGGCUGGUCUCCUCUUCUGGCCCUGCGCCGCGUUUUGGCCGCGUCUGCUGCUCCCUCAGGUGUGGUGCCCUCCAGGUUAAGCAUCUCCUUAGCCCUGGCUGACGCUGGCCUUGGAGAGACACAAGGCCUGGAUCUGUCCGCUAUGGAUGCGCGCUUUCGCGGGCUGGCCACGGGCCCCUUGCGGGUUGGAGUUGGGGAGCAGCCACAUGCCACCUCGCUUCAGCCAAAGAUUUUGACCGACUUCGUCCAAGCCUUUGACUACGACCUGGCGUGUCCCAGCCUGGCGCUGGACGGCCCCAAAAGCCUGGCCUUCUCGGCACGGCCGUCGAAGGUCGCGGCCAACGCCUGUGUCUUCGAGUGUCGUUUCGAGCUGCCCAGGUCGAAGGGCCCUGCUUCCUUGCGAUUCGCACAGUGGAUCCCUGGGGGUCUGCAGCUGGCCGGUGCAGAGUCGAAACUCUGUGCUUGGCGCAACGAUAGCAGAGUGUGGCUGGAAUGGGAUGGGGCCAAGAGCCUAUAUCCACCCUUUGGCUUCAUGGCUUUAUCUGAGUGGUACUUCGAGAUGCUCAGAGAUGAUGCGAGGCAUGAGUUGUACGAAAAAGCACUACAAGUGGAAAUCGCAAAGGUGAAGGAGACACGUCCAGAAUGCAAAGUCCUCGAUGUGGGCAGCGGCGACGGCAUCCUAUCUUUGAUGGCUCUCAGAGCUGGGGCCACCUAUGGCCUGGGUGUGGAGUACGUCACGCAGAUCGCGCGCGCCUCAGAGGAGGUCAUCGCAGCGAAUCGCGCCGCGCGGAAGGUGCCGAUCGAGACGCCCCUGGAGAUUUGGUGCACCGAUGUGCGGGGCAUUGGCGAGCGAGAGUCGGAGGCGGAGCGCUUUGAAGUUCUUGUCACCGAACUGAUGGAUGCCUCGGGGCUGGGGGAGAAUUUGAUCCUUCUGACCGAGGGCUCCAAACGUCGCUUGUGCAAAGACACCAGCUCAGUGAUCCCAGCGAAACUCCGCUUGAAGGCGGUGCUCUGCGAGGUGAAGCUUCCUGAGAUCAAUGGUGUGAACAUCGAUGCAUUUUGGCCUUUUUGGCCGCUGGACCGCACUGGGGAUGCACUUUGGCUGGGAGUGGACCUUGACAAGAGGGAAGGAGACUUCAAGGUGUUGACAGACCCUGUGGAACUCCUGUCCCUCCGCUUGGGGGAG